AUGACACCAGUGCUACAACUUGGCCAUGUGGGGGUUGAGAAUGAUGGUUGGGGUGAUUGGUAUGAUCAAGACAGAGAUAGGAGUGUGCUGUACAUGCAUGGUCUAAUAAUGGGAGGGUAUGUGUUUGAGAAAACAGUUUGGCCUGGAGGUAUUGUUGCAGUAGAUUAUGUACACUUGGAAGUUAGAACAACGGAUGUUGAGCACGAAAGACAUGUUGUGGAUAGGAAAGGGAAGAGUGUUGCGGUAAAAGAGGCAAAUAAUGUUAAUAUGAAACAAAAAAGUAAGAAGUUGAAGAAGUCAGCGUCUAGAAGGAAACAACAAAGAAUAGAGACAUAUUUUGAACCCGUGACUCGAGUAGCAGCCAAUUUGAAAGGAUGGAUGGAAUCUCAGUUAGAUGAGGUGAAAAAUAUUUUCCUGAAAGAGGUAGCCGAUCAUAGGAAAGAGAUAGAAAGAGGUGUUUCAUAUGAAGUUGAGGAUGCAAUGAAGGAUGAAAAUUCUAAGCCUAGGGAGAUGAAGAAAGUGGCGCGUGAGGCAGCAUUGAAAGAUAAGAAUGUUGAGACAUUUAGUUUGAGGAAGAAGAGAGAAGUGAUGGAUCUUGUACCUUGUGUGGACAAAGCUGAGUAUAGCUUUUUCAAGGCAACGCUGAUAGUAACAACUUCAUAUGGAGGUGCUCAUGUCUUUAUUGAAAAAGGUAUGCACAUGUGCUUUCCGCAGAGAAGUUAG